CCGACGGUGCAGCCCGCAGUCGCGAACCAAUAGCAACCGCAUAGACAUCCGCGAGCGACGGCCAGUCUCUUCUUCUCUCACUCGUCACUCGUCACAUGACCCGCACUACUGUACGGUAGGCCAUAUUUGACAGUGGACACUAGUUUAGCGAAGUGAGCGCGAGUAAAGAUCGCUCCUGGUCGGGAUUGUCGUCGCGUUUCGACCAACCUAUAAAUACUCGUGUAGAAUCCUUGGAUUUACGCUGGUGAAGUCUUGAACAAGAACGUAAAGAUGGCAACGGAAGAAAAUCCUAUUUACGGGCCCUUCUUCGGCGUGAUGGGCGCCGCCUCAGCCAUCAUAUUUUCUGCUCUGGGAGCAGCGUAUGGCACAGCAAAAUCAGGCACAGGAAUUGCAGCAAUGUCUGUCAUGAGGCCAGAACUUAUCAUGAAAUCUAUCAUUCCUGUUGUUAUGGCGGGUAUCAUUGCCAUUUACGGUCUUGUAGUAGCUGUUCUCAUUGCUGGAAGUUUAGAGGAACCCAAAAACUAUUCUCUUUUCAGGGGUUUUAUUCACCUGGGUGCUGGCUUAGCGGUAGGUUUUUCUGGUCUAGCUGCUGGAUUUGCCAUUGGUAUUGUUGGUGAUGCAGGUGUGAGAGGUACCGCUCAACAGCCUCGUCUGUUUGUCGGUAUGAUCUUGAUUCUAAUCUUCGCGGAAGUAUUGGGUCUCUACGGUCUCAUCGUUGCCAUCUACUUGUAUACCAAGUAAACGAAUGUUAAUGGCAGGAAUGCAAGACUCGUCGCCUGCAACCAACAGCGCUCCCCGACUAUUAUAUAUACAUAUAUAUAUAUGUAUAUGUAUAUACAUAUAUAUAUAUAUUACGACUUGUUUCGACAUUUUACUUAAAACACAUUUUUCCAUGCAUACUCACAUCGAGUCAUCCAAGCAUCCUUCUGUAAGUCUGUAUUAAAGUUCAGAUCUAUUAGAGUCCGAGCAUUUAAGAAAUAACAUAAUUCAUAUUACACAAAGCGAAUACAAAAAAACCAUUUGAAAAUACUGCAAGCGUGUUGCAACGAGACGAAACAAAAUGAAAACCACAACACCAACAACAACAGCAAAUCUUAAUUGAACAAAAAAAAACCUGUUAAGUCAAGAGGAAAACGGAAACAUCACAUCAGUCUUGCAGGAAGAGGAUGCGUGUGUACAGAAGAAUCGAAAAAGCGACAGGCGACAGGGAGUUUACACUGAGAAAAAAAAAGACCCCGUUACCCCAUGCCGAACAUUUCUCUUUCACUGUAUAGUAAUCAUUUGUAGCGUAGUUUGACAUUGAAUUAUCAAGUAAGAUAAUCGGCUCUACUGAGUGUAUAAAGGAAAAAAAUGUUAUUGAUAAAAGAAUAUUUAGCACAAUUAUGUAUUAAAAAAUGCAAUUGAAACGGCAGCAUACAGAUAUUGCAAAUAUCCGUCUCCGAAAAACGGAGAGAGAGAGCGCGCGAUACCCGCGCGCGGGGAAUGCAGCAUUGAAACGCGAAGGUUGUACAAAAACUGUAAUUUCACAGUGGAGAACAAAGGGAAAGGAACGAGAAAGAAAACCCAUGGAUAUUGUACAAUCGAAGAAGCUAUAAGACACAAAAUAUAGUAUGUGGGAUAUAAAGUUUUAGAGGGGGAAACAAACAAACAAACAAAAAAAAUAAAUAAGAA